AAAUACGCUGGAAUGGGCACCACCAUUACGAGUUGUUGCUGUUGUGACACUUUUUGCUUCAACAUUUGAUCUAAUUGCUGAUUUCCUACUUUGUAGCAAGUUCGUACAAUUAUUCAUUAAUUACCUUAAAUUAAUUUCUACUUAA